GAGUUAGCGACGAGGGGAAAUGAGCUGUCCUGGUCUUCCAAUUAUAGGUUUUUUUAAAAAACAUUUUUGAGCAAUAUUUUAAGGAACUGUGACGACAUUUGGGCUCAGUUUGUGUCAGUCUCCGGACGUUUUCUGGACUCAACGGUUUGUCUUUUUGAACCGUCUUAUCGUUCGUUUCUGACCGUUAGCCAACUCUUUUUUGAAGGCAGAGGGGCAGAGGUACGUCUAACGGUUGGUUCUUGACAAAAAAGAAAGAAAGAAAAAUCAGACUGAGUUGACACACCUGCGAGGGAAUUUCCAUCGGAGUGUGUUCCGCUUCUUGCCGAGCUGCUUUCAAAUCGGCGGAAACUUCUUCUCGUGUCUUUUUCUCCUCUCCGGUGCUGAACGGACAGCGGCGGUUGGCUGUGGCACGCAGGAGUCUCGCGCUGAGGGGAGCUGUCCGGUGCUGAAAAAACAACAACGGUUUGGAACGUUAGAAAAAUAACGGUCAUAUUUCUUGUUUCGAAAAAACGGAAUAAAACAAAUAAACAACAGCAAGGACGACGUUUUGUCAUCAGCUUCAACAGGAACUGAUUGAUUUCAAUUUGAUUUUUGACCCUUUCAGAGCUCUACAGGUCUUCCAGUGGCGAUUUGUUGGAGGAGAACAGACUAUUUUACCCCAAGGACAUCCCAAAAAGGGUCAAAAGAGCAAAAAUAAAUGUUAGGUAUGCUUAUAAACAGAAGUACGUGAUCUUUAAAAAGCCAUGUCUCCUCUCCACUUUCGAGGCUGUUUGAUUGGAGGGAGUGAACGCACCUUUAGCAGCUGAAACCAGGGAUCACGUUAUUGUUAAACUCAAGCGAUUACGAGUGUCAACCAUCGAGUUUGAAGUGGGUUGGAAGACAGAAGAAGAGUGUUUGAUUUUUUGUAUACAUAGAGGAGCAACCACUGACCCAUCAUGCCUCGCUCUUUCCUGGUGAAGAAAGUCAAAUUGGACGAUUUUUCGGCUGCAGAGCUGGAGAGCUCAUAUGGUCACAGCAGGAGAGAAGCACUCAGUCUGCAAUUCCAUCAUCAUGACAAAGGCUACGUCAGCGAUUAUCUGAGUCCAUCUCCUUAUGAUGAUGUGGUAGGAAGUGACUCAUCAGUUAUCACUAAAGUGACCUCCCCGGACCACUCGUCAAUCAUCUAUAGCCGCAUCGACGACACCUAUUCUGGUAUUCAUGGGGACAUCCAUGGCGACUCAGACCAGCCAGACAGCCCACGCUCUGAAGUCUCGUCAUCAGCUGGUGGAUACAUCAACGGGGACGCGGCUGUUAGCGAGGGAUACACAGUGGAUGCGUUUUUCAUCAUGGAUGGACGAUCACGGAGGAAAUCCGCAGUUAACCCCAAAGGAACCAUCCAGAGGCACACCUGCAGCGAGUGCGGCAAAACCUACGCCACAUCCUCCAACCUGAGCCGGCACAAGCAGACACACAGGAGCAUAGACAGCAAGAUGGCCAAGAAGUGCCCCACAUGUGGGAAAGUCUAUGUUUCCAUGCCCGCGAUGGCCAUGCACCUGCUGACCCACGACCUCAAGCACAAGUGUGACGUGUGCGGCAAAGCGUUCAGCCGGCCGUGGCUGCUGCAGGGCCACAUGCGCUCACACACGGGAGAGAAGCCGUUUGGGUGCGCGCACUGUGGCAAAGCGUUUGCUGACCGGUCUAACCUGCGCGCUCACAUGCAGACGCACUCAGCCUUCAAGCACUACAAGUGUAAACGAUGUGACAAGACGUUUGCACUCAAGAGUUACCUGAACAAGCACUACGAGUCCGCGUGCUUCAAGGGGGCUUUCUCCCCUCUGAGCUCACUGGGGGAAUGAUGGAUUCACAAAGGCUGACUUUUUGUUUAUUUAUAUAAGAUUUUACUGGCCUCACUCCCUGCUGUUCCUGCUUUGCCCAACCAGAAGACAAGUACGUCCCAGCACUGAGAGGGAGGACUGUUUUCUCGCCAAGGAUCAUGAGGAAAAUGACAAAAAUAGAGUGAGGACAUUUUUAUCAAGACCCUCCAAUCCCUCCUUUGUCUCCUCUUUCCUAAUCUGGAAUUGGAGUGAAAUGUUUUCGAUGCUUGAUUUAGAUUGCCACCUGCUUCGAUAAGAUACAUCCCCUUCUGAGGCUGUUUCGAGUAUCUCUGAAGAUAAAUAAAGCACAGCACAUCUAGCUCAUCGUUUUUGAA